CUGGUGUUGGAGGGAGGGGAGGGGCUCUCUCUCCAAAGGUUAAAGCAAAAUGAAUAUAAUUUACCGAGGAAUCGCUGAAAAGGUUUAACCUUGGCUCUAAUCCCUCACUCUCCCGUUGAAUGCGUCCUAAUGGCACCACCCGCAUUCCGCGUACGACCACUCCUCUAUUAUUACCUUUUCUCAAGCUGCCUCUCCGUCUCUCCGUCUCUCUUGGAUACGAAGAGAAGGUAUUGCAAUGGCUGAACAGUCUCUCAUCUACUAAGGAGGAAUCCUAAAGUUGCGAUCUUUGGGGAACAAGCUUUAUACUAGAGAAAGAUUGCUUUCAUUGCUGUAUCAGGAUGUGUGUGGUGGGGGAAGAGGCAUUCUAUGCUGUCGUUGAGGUGCCUCGAUGUAGCAUUCAUUCUUAGCAAUACAACAGGUUUUGGGUUGUAUUGGACUUAUAUAUUCGAUAAUCGGUGGUCUGAUAAAUGGCUUCAAAGACUACUUCUAUGGCCUGCUCUGAAGAGCAACACAAAACACCUGUUUGUCAUGCAGUGGAACCUGCUUCCCGCAAGCCUUGCCCUUUGCAAAUUUCUAAGACAAACAAGUCAGAGCCUACCACCCAAAGAUUGCAAAAAUCUGUGCCGACGAACACAUCAAAAAAUACAGCUACAGCAGUUCUAACAGACCGAAAAUUGAAUCACCACCAUAAGGGGUCUGCUGACUCAACAACUGAAAAGGUUCCUGCAAAGGUUACCAAGUCUUCUGAGCCUAACAAUUUGGGUCUGAAGCAACCUACCCAACAAGGUGAUCCUGUGGAGCUGCUUCAGUUAAAUAGAACUACAGGCUUGGAAGGCAGAGGAGGACAAGAAAAGAACAAUUGCAAGCAGGGUGGUGCAAAGGAUAGCUUGGCUUCUGCUAAAGUUAGUGAUGGCACCAGCUGUCUGACAAAGACUAGUGGAAGUGCUAAGAUAAGUGACCGUGCUGAUUUUAUUGAGAGUAGCAAGAGUAGCAUGUGCAGGGCAAGUACAAGCAGUGAUGUGAGUGACGAAAGCACUUGUAGUAGCUUAAGCAACAGUGUAAACAAACCUCACAAAGCAAAUGAUUCAAGAUGGGAAGCGAUUCAGGCCAUCCGGGCUAGAGAUGGUGUUCCUGGUUUGAGCCAUUUCAGGCUACUUAAGAGAUUAGGCUGUGGUGAUAUUGGCAAUGUGUAUUUGUCGGAAUUGAGUGGGACUAAAUGCUAUUUUGCAAUGAAGGUUAUGGACAAGGAAUCUUUAGCAAGCCGUAAAAAGCUGCUUAGAGCCCAGACCGAAAGAGAGAUAUUGCAAUGCUUGGAUCAUCCAUUUCUACCAACAUUAUAUACGCACUUUGAGACUGAUAAAUUCUCAUGUUUGGUCAUGGAGUUUUGCCCAGGAGGAGAUCUGCAUAUGCUUCGGCAGAGGCAACCUGGAAAAUAUUUUCCAGAACAAGCUGUCAAGUUCUAUGUAGCUGAGGUCCUCCUUGCUUUGGAAUACCUACACAUGCUUGGCAUCAUCUAUCGUGACCUCAAGCCAGAAAACGUCCUUGUCCGAGAGGAUGGCCACAUCAUGCUCUCUGACUUUGACCUUUCACUUCGUUGUGCCGUUAGCCCCACACUCAUCAAGUCCUCCAACCUUGACUCUGAAGUUUUCCGUAGGCACGACCCUGUCUACUGUGUCCAACCUGCUUGCAUCAAGCCAUCCUGCAUCCAGCCUUCCUGUGUGGCUCCCACCACAUGCUUCUCCCCUCGCCUCUUCUCCUCAAAGUCCAAGGGGCGGAAGCUGAAGCUUGAGACUGGCAACCAGGUCAGCCCAUUGCCUGAGCUCAUUGCAGAGCCCACAGAUGCUCGGUCCAUGUCAUUUGUUGGUACACAUGAAUACUUGGCCCCUGAGAUCAUCAAGGGCGAGGGUCAUGGGAGUGCUGUGGAUUGGUGGACCUUUGGGAUAUUCUUAUAUGAGCUUUUGUUUGGGAAAACCCCUUUCAAGGGAUCAGGCAACCGAGCUACUCUGUUUAAUGUAGUCGGCCAGCCCCUGCAAUUCCCCGAGUCACCAGUUGUGAGCUUCUCUGCAAGGGAUCUCAUCAGAGGAUUGCUUGUGAAGGAGCCGCAGCACCGGCUUGCCUACAAGCGCGGUGCCGGAGAGAUAAAGCAGCACCCAUUCUUUGAGGGCAUGAACUGGGCCUUGAUACGGUGUGCAAGCCCUCCAGAGAUCCCAAAGCCUGUCGAGAUUGAGAGGCCUCCAGGUCCUGCAGCAUCAACAAGCCAGAAGGUCAAAUCUGCUAUUGAGAAAGGUUCCGACAACUAUCUGGAAUUUGAUUUCUUUUAAUGAAUUCUUCUGAACUGGUUCCAAUUUAUUGUUUUGAGGGUAGAUGUAGAGUUUCUAAAUGUUUUCAGAAUGUCAGCGGUUUCUCCCAUACAGAUUUUGAUUGGUGUCUGUAAUGCUGCUGCUGCUGUCAGGUUGGACUAUUUUGAUUACAAAUCUGUAUUCAACAAAUGCCAAAGAUGCUCUCAUCUUUAUGAUCAUCAUUGAAAGGCCUGCCAUCUUUUAUUUGGUCC